GGCAUCUGGCCUACUUUGGAACUCUUCCUCUCCUUCUUCCGUCCCCAUAAAUAUGAUAGUGAAACGAGCAGGGGGUACGUGAGCUUCACGGCCUAGACGGAUAUGCAGUUUCUGGAGAGCCCGGUCAACAAGAUCGAUGAUUGGUAUCGCCGUUUCUUCGUGGUGAUGGCACUGGAGGACCUCCCUUUUCCCAACGUGUGGAGGAAGAAGGAUGAUAAGUUUCCUUCCCACACAUUUCCUCCUCGCACUCCGGACCUUGAGGGGAUCUUUCGCCUUCUUCUCAAGAAUGGCCACCCAGUUCCCCGCGCCCUCCUCUCCAAGAUAUCCUACUUCCGAGGUCUUGGGUUUUGGGUGUCUCCCGAUGUUCCUCUCCAAGCGAUAUCGGGGAACACCGUCUCUUCUUGGGCUCCUCUCCCCAAGACCACACCAUUUCGAUGGGGGUCGCGGCGAUCUUCCUGGAGAGAUCCUUCCCUUGAGGACACUGAGGAAGAAGAAGAGAACUUUGUAGAAUCGGCGGUGGAGAGCAUUUAUGGACCGCCCCUUGUCAAGGGCGCUCCUCUUCCCGGAGCGGACAUUCAGCGGUCCUUUAGGGAGUUAGAGGAGCUAAUCCGGUCCUCUAGCUUUUAUCGGGCCAUUGUCUGUCCCUCCAUCCAGCAUGCUGCCGAUUCCGGUCCCGCAACACAUGAGACCGGGUCUUCCUCUUCACAGGCCUACAACAAGCGAGGCCAGAAUUCCACCCCUCCCCAUGGCUUGGAAGAGUCUGCCGGCCAAUCCAUGGGGGCCGCCAGGGAUGAGCCUCCUAUCGAGCAAGAGGGUAUUGCCUUUGGCGACCUGCCAUAUCCCUAUGCCCGGGAGGCCCAUCAAUUCACGGGAUACACGUCUUGGGCUGGACGGGACUUCAAUCGUCGUCUCCACGAGAUGGAACAGUUCUGGAGGGACCAUCCGGAUGCGGUUGAGAGCCCGGUUUGGCAAUUUAUGUUGGAGGAGUAUACCCGCAUGGAGAAUGAGAAAAUCGAUGAGAUGUUUGAACGAUUCUCCAAUAUCAUUAAUGAUCUCCAUGCUCUCAAAAAGACGUACACGUACAAGGAGCUUGUGAGAAAAAUCCUGCGAAGUCUCACACCGGAGUGGCGCUCCAAAGCCGAUGCCAUUCAAGAAUCCAUCGGCAUCACCAACGUCACCAUUGGCGGACUUAGAGGUAAUCUCAAAACCUAUGAGUCUACCAUUCUGUAUCCCUCUCUAGGUGAACAAAAGAAGAAUGGGAUUGCUCUCAAGGCAUCUACAAGUCAAGAACGAGGUCAAAGAAAAAGAUCCCGCACCGGCAAGAACGUGGCUUCUUCCUCGGCUCCUCCACCAUCAACGCACAAAUACCUUGACGAGUCGUUUCUUUGGUUUAACGACCGCGAAGAGACUACAAGGUUCUCGGAGAAGUUUGAGCAUCGGGAAAUUCUCCCUCCCCGAUUCUCCACCGCCCGCUUCAUUCAUGACUCUAUUCCACGUGAGGCACGGGUUAUCCUUGAACGUGGAAACUUCCUCGAUCUCCUCUACAUCAAGAAGGUCAAUUAUCAACCUUUUCUUGUUCGAGCCUUCUAUUCGAACUUGAAAAAGGAUGAGGACGGAUCGUUGAUUUCAAACGUCAACGGGGUGGACAUUUAUUUGAAUGAAGAGAACAUUCAAAUCCUCACCGGGCUUCGUCGGGACGGACAGGAUCUCGGGCUCUACACCGGAGAAGAGGGGGCGCGGUUCAAUGAAACCGCUCUCUUGGAGGAAGUGGGCAUCCGUCACUUCGUACCCACUCCCCAACAGUGGCGCCCUACGAUUUCUUCCAUGAGUCCCGUGUAUCGUUUCAUCUUCUAUGUGUUGACACGGAUCCUCAAGCCCAGGAAGUUCAACCACACCAAUCUCUCCCAAGAAGACACGAAGACGAUCCAUGCGAUGAUUCACAACGCCAAUAUCAAUUGGUGUAAAUUUGUGAUGACUCACAUGUUCACGGCCACCUCCGACAAUCGGCCGCUCCCCUACGCCCUCCUUGUCAUGGCAAUUCUUGAAGAAUACAACAUCAAAACCGAUGUUGGGCCAAAGAUAAAGGGGACAAAGCAUUGGGAGAUUGAUGAAUCUUUUUUCCACUCGGGCACCGACGAGACUCCGUUUCGACAGCCUCGUCCACGCCGACAACCAAGAGCCACUGCCUCAGCCGCCACCACAUCGACCAAUCCUUCUCUCGCCGAGCAAUAGGAAGCCUUAACCGCCACUCUCUCUCAGAUUGACACCAACAUCUCCAAAACGGCGCACAACGUCAAUACCUUGAGCCGUGAACUUCGCGGGUAUUUUGACUUUGUCAAUUACCCGUACGCUCAAAUGGUCCCUUACGUUCCUCCACCGAAUUUCGGAGGUGAACAAAGUGGGACUCAAAAC